AUGUUGCCUGAAUGGAUGAUGUUGAAUCUGGGUAUUGAGAAAGGUGAUGAAAUUGUUCUUCGUAGCGUAAAUCUGGAAAAAGGGAAGUAUGUUAAAUUGAACCCUUUGAAUGAAAAUUUUCUAAAGCUUCAUAACCCUAAGGUGAUUCUGGAAAAGACACUCAGGCAAUUCGCUUGUUUGACUCCUGGUGAUAUAAUACCAAUAGUGUAUAACGAUGUAAAGUACGAUAUUGAAGUCGUGGAAACUAAUCCGUCUAUCGGUAUAAGCGUUAUCGAUACCGACUGCGAGGUUGAAUUCUCCCUGAAUGAACCAGAACUAAAACCAGAAUCUAGACCGGUAAUAGCGGAUUGUAGAAAGAAGAAGAUGGAGGAGGAUGUGAAUAUUUUUACACCAUUCUCUGGGAAGGCGAGGAGGUUGGACGAGGGUGGUGUAAAGGAUGUUGAAUCGGAAGGAGAUGGCUUUGGGAAGAGAUAUAUGGCGAAUGUUGUGAUUAGUUUGCCUGCUGCCGUGGUGGUAAAGCAAUCGGAAGUUAAGGAGGCCAAAGAGAAGAAGUUUGUAGCUUUUAGUGGGAAGAAAUACACAUUGAGUUAG